UUCCCAACACUUCAAAAUUUUGAUUUUUGUUUUUACAUUUUUGCUGGCAAAUGUAAAACCCUAACCGUCCUCCAUCAAACAACCAUUGUUUUCAUCUUCUACGGCCACCUCUCGAAUCGGAAUCGGCAAUAUGACUAUACUCUGAAAUCUCUCAAUGGAACAAAUGUCCAAAGAAAAUGUUAGUUUCACGCCUCUCUCGCACUCCAUCAACAAUACUCCGCCGCUACAAACGCCUCGGAUUUCUCAGAGUUUCAGAGCCGUGAAGCCUUUCCUCGAUCGUAAACGGGUUCGCGAAGAUGUCUGCUUUCACCGCCAGUUUCCUUACCGAUAUAAUGAUGGAAUUGAAAGCAAAUUACCAGCUUUAAAUACUGGCAUCAAGAGGGCUCCUCUUAUGGAGAUGCCUAUGAACACACCUCCGUUUUCUACCAAUGGAUACAAGUCAAUAAAUUGUCAUGGCGAGUUGUCCAGUGUCGGAUCCAUAGCUGGUUCUAUGGACACUGAAUGCAUGUGUGUUCCUUUUAUAAUCCCGAUAAAACAACCAGCUUUCUCUAAUUCAAGUGAUUCAUUUUUGACACCAAGCCUUCUAGAUGAGGAUUUUGAUGAAUCUGUAUAUGAAGAAAUUGAUGCAAUAUGUGAACAUCAGUCUGCAGCAAAAGCAGAAAGGGAGGAUCUAAAUGUCAGAAUUUACAUGGACUGUCAGCAAAAUGAUAAUAAUAGUUGUAAUGAUCAUAUUACUAAUUUGCCUCUCACUACAAAUGAGAAGGUCAGAGCAGAACGUGCAGCAUAUAACAGGAUUUUUGGGUUAAAAGAGGAGGAUUUAUGUACUUUGGAGGCUGCACAAAGUGGGAACAUGCCGGAUGAAUAUUCUAAAUACUUACAAUCUUUGAAUGAUAGACAGCGUGAAGCAGCUUGUAGUGAUACAUCUAUUCCUUUAAUGAUAGUUGCUGGACCUGGAAGUGGAAAGACUUCCACAAUGGUAGGUCGCCUUCUGAUGUUGCUUAAUGAGGGUGUUAGUCCAUCAAACAUUUUGGCAAUGACUUUCACUACAGCUGCCGCUUCUGAAAUGAGAGAUCGUAUUUCUGCGGUGGCAGGAAAGGCUAGGGCCAAAGAACUUACAAUCAGCACAUUCCAUUCUUUCUCUUUGCAGCUGUGUCGUUCGCAUGCAGAGAAGUUAGAGCGCACACGAGAGUUUCUAAUAUAUGGACAUGGACAACAAAGGAGAGCAAUCAUUGAGGCAGUAAGGCUAUUAGUAGAUGAAAAUAGUGGACAACAGUACUAUAAGUCCUCUAAAAUUGAAAAUUCCAAUGGUGCGAGACAUCCAGGAUAUUUUAAGGAUAGAUCAAAGAAAUGGCAGAAGUUCGUGACUCAGGCAAAAGCUUCUGGAAAAACUCCUGAAGAUUUCUAUAAAAUGGGUGAUGAAAUGGGAGCUGAAGUUCUUGGAAAUUACAAUGACAUAUUAAGAUCAUGCAAUGCUUUAGAUUAUCAUGACUUAAUCGGUUGCUCAGUGAAGCUCCUCACUCAAUAUGAUGAAGUGCUCAAGGAGUGCCGGGAUUCAUGGAAAGCCAUCAUAGUAGAUGAAUUUCAGGAUACCAGUGCAAUGCAAUACAGACUUCUAAGGAUUCUUGCAUCCCAUAAUAACAUAACAGUUGUUGGUGAUGAUGACCAGUCCAUUUUCAGCUUCAAUGGAGCUGAUGUUUCUGGUUUUGAUUCAUUCCGCAAAGAUUUUACGAACUACAAAGAGAUAAGGCUUAUCAGAAACUAUCGCUCCACACGCUGUAUUGUUGAAGCCGCAUCCCAUCUUAUACAAAACAAUUCAAAAAGAUGCCUGUCAAAGAAUUUUCUUUCUGAAAAUGCCUAUGGAUCUAAGAUCACAAUCAAGGAAUGUUACAAUGAAAAUGCACAGUGUGCCUUUGUUGUUGAUAAGAUCUUGGAAACUGCAUCUAACAGUACUGUUGGUAGUUCCUCAUAUGGAAAUUUUGCAAUUCUUUACCGUAGGCAGGUUUCAGGGAAAGUUUUUCAAACUACCCUCCGCAACCGGAAAGUUCCAUUCAAUCUUCAUGGUGUAGCUUUUUAUAGGAAAAAGAUAGUUAGAACUAUUAUUGCUAUUCUUAAAACGACAUUGCCUGCUUGUGAUGAUAGUCCGUAUCGCAAAGUGUUCAAGGCUUUGCUUCCUUUUGAAAAGGAGGAAAAGAAGAGGGUAAUUGAGCAUAUAGAAAAAAUUACAGCAUGUAGAAAAUGCAGCUUCAUAUCAGCUGCCUAUGACAUCUUUAGUGCAAAGAUUUCUGGUACCUUUAAGAGAAGUCAACUUACACAAGGUCGUAAAGUGUUACAAACAUUGGAAAUGAUAUCAAAACUUGUUCACAGGGAACGAUCAAUAUCUGCGGUUAUAACUUCAGUAUCAAACAUGAUACCUCAGAAUCAUCUUCUUGAACAACGAGCUGUCAUAGAUGUUGAUGGAGGAAAAUUGCUCAAUGAAGACAAUGAUGUCAGAUCUGUUCUCGAAUACCUACUUGAUGAUGUUUCUGAUUUCCUGUCUACACAAUCUACUGAUAGAAAAAAGAAGAGAGAAACCGGAGAAGAAAAAGGCUGUGUCAGUACACUAAAUUCUUUCAUUGACUACAUAACUGAGCGCGAGAGAGAAAACUUCCGUUAUCGAAGACGUGACAAUGAAAAUUCUGUUACCUUGACUACCAUUCAUCAGUCAAAAGGCUUAGAAUGGGAUACAGUCUUCAUAGUGAAGGCAAAUGAAUCAGAGAUUCCUCUGUUAAAUGAGUUCAAUGGUGCUGCAGCUGAAAAUGGGACAUUACUUGAGGAGGAACGGCGCCUUUUAUAUGUUGCAAUGACCCGUGCUCGUCAAAAGCUUUUCAUUCUGUAUGUUACAAUGGAUUUGAAUUGGCAGAUGCUUCAACCUUCACGUUUUCUUAAAGAAAUUCCAGAUCAUCUUCGAGAAAUUCAGGAUCCAUUUUUCUUUACAAUUGCUUGUAGUUUGGCUGAAGUAACCGGAAAUGAUCUAAAAACCACAUAUCAAGUUAUUACAAAAGGAACUGCACAGUUUUCCCCUGAUCUUCCAAGCGAAAAGCAAUCAUCUGAAGCAGACAUGGUGCAGAGCAUUUUCUCUGACGCUGAAGAUAGAGCCUCAAAAGAGACUGUAGAAUCAGUUGAGGCAUGCAAUGGAAGUGAUUUUUUAAGAAGGUUUGGUGUGGAGGAGAGGUCAAUAGUCUCUCACUUAUUUCAUCAAUGGGCCAAGAAGCAAGCCUUUCAAGAGCCUAGGAGGUUGCUUGACAAGGUUCGCUUUGUAAUUGAUGAGCGUCUCAGAGCAAAAAAUUAUAAACACAAGGAAGUUCUGCGAGAAUUAAGGCCAUGUUUGAGUAUGGAGGAUGCACUUCACUAUGCGAAAUAUGUGGUGAAAUGGGAGCAAAUUCCUGCUGAUAAACGUGCUCACUUGAUGAGGGAGAAACAGGAGCAUUUCCAGAAACUGAGGAUGGAGAAAUCAAUGGGUUCAUCAGCUGCAACACCAAAACAGAUUGCUUAUCUGCAAAGUUUGGGGUGCACCGUUUAUCCUACUUCAAGACUUCAUGCUUCCCGUCUGAUAGAACAGUACAAAUCGCUGUGACUUCAUGCAAAGAAGGCAUUGUUUAUUUAUUCUACAUUCUAAUUUCUCAUCUU